CUUAAAAAAAAAAAAAAGAAAAAAAAAAAAGAAAAGAACUGAGCUAGCUAGUUUGAGGAGCCAUGUCGUCGAGCUCUCCGGCGCCGUCGAGUACCGACAACACUCUGGACUGCCACAGUUUUACACUAGGUUGGAAAAUUAAAGUUCAGCGCGCCGUGUGUCUGAAGCCGCAAGACUGGGAAAACAUCUUCGAAAUCGCUGUGAUCGGCAUAGCCGCCAGCCUGCUCCUUGGCUUCCUGGUCGCGGCAACGAGGCACAAGCUCUGGCACCGUAGCGGGACGCUGAAGUUCUUCCUGGACAUCGUCAGCGACACCCUCUAUUACUGGCUCGGCCGCUUCGCCUUCCUACUUGUGUCGCCCAUCACCUGGACGGUGCUGCUGUUCGCCACCUACGAUUGCUUCUACUCUGUCCUCGGCUACAGCCUUUACGGCCACAACAAGAAAGAGGCAAUGCUGGCACACGAGAGGACGCAACUCGAGAAUAACAGCGUCGUGCUUGUUUUGCUUGUUAUUUUCCUUGGUGCAACGGAUUAUAGCUCAGAGAGCUCAGAGCGCUCAGUGAACUCAAAGAUCUCGAAGAUCCUCUUCACAAUCUGGGGCCUGUCCAUCCUGAAGAUCGUCGGAAGGAUCUUCAGCUUCCGGGCUGCUGAGAAAUCCUACGGAACGGCGAACACGAAACUAGUGGCGGUGUACAUGAAACACGAGCACGAGCAAGGCGCACUGUUCGUUCCCUCGAAUAUGAAGGGAUAUAAGUAUCUCGUGAUCGGCGAGGAGCAGCAGGCCGAACCAGAACCCCCGAGCUACGAGCCGAAGUUGAGGAACGACGCGGCGGUCACCACCAUCGAGGAUGUUUGGAGGUGCGAGGGAAGGUUAUUCAAGGGCAGCAGCAGAGGUCGGUACAGAGACAUGUGCCUUUCCUUCGCCUUGUUCAAGCUGAUCAAGAUGAGGUUUGACGGCUAUCCUCAAGUAGAAGACGAAAGCAAGAGCCGCGCAUUGGUCCGCGACGGGCUUCUCUCGGAGGACGACGACGGAAAGCGGGCCUUCGAGGUGGUCAAAUCGGAGCUCGGAUUUCUCCGAGACCUCUUCCAUACCAAGCACCCUGUAGCCUCCAAUCCUUGGAUUCUGAUUUGCAAUUUCGUUCUCUACGCAACGAUCGCAAUGUCUAUUUGGAUUGCGAUGAGGAUAGAUCUCAAAAAACACGCCGAACAUCCCAUAACCAAGGUGCUCGUAAGCUUGCUCAUCCUUGCGGAGAUAUGGGAAUUCAUCAGUUACCUCUUCUCUGACUGGGGCAAAGUUAUACUGAUUUGUAAGUACGUGAAUUAUCACCUGGCCUUCGAUCGGUACCACGUCGACAAGAUAUUGCGGGUCAUCCUCUGGCGAAAUCUUUCUUGCAGAUCAUUAUACGAGAAACUAGAGCAAUUCUCAUUGCUAAAUAGCCUAAAUUCUUGUUGUACUUGCUCUAGAUGCUGUUAUUUGCUAGUGUAUUGUCUCCCGGGAACAUCGAGGAAANGGAAGCUGAAUCAAAGAUUAAGGAAGGAAAAACCCAUACGAUUGAAAGCCGAGGUGAAGAAAGCGAUAUUUCUUUCUCUGAAGAAGUUACUGGCGUCGGAAAGUGUAGUGCUUACGAACGGUAUCACGACGUUGGCAGAGCUCGGUCACAAGGAUCAGCUGGGUUGGGCAUGCGGAGUCGGAGAUCAUGCUCACGCAGACGAGCACACCCACAUGCACACGAUCAUGAUCUGGCACAUCGCGACUGCCUUAUGUGAGAUGAAGUUGCCUCCGAAGAAGGAAAAAGGCGAAGGCCUACGUAGUGAGCUCGAAUCUAGCGCGACUGUAGCCAAUAGCUUAUCGAAGUAUUGUGCUUACUUGGUAGUCUUCGCUCCCAAGUUUCUUCCGAUCCACGGUCAUUCGAGCAAGAUUAUGUUUAAGCAGAUGUUUGCCGAAGCCUGCGAAGCUUGCCCUCCUCGUGGAAUAUGCAGGAAAAUCACUUACGACGGCGUGGUGAAUAUCAAGUAUUCCGAUGCGGCUAUAAUUUCCAAGGGUGUCAAACUUGGCAGGCAAUUGAUGAACCACGUAAAAGAAGAUGCAGAACGCUGGAAACUUCUGGAGAGAUUCUGGGCUGAGCUGAUCUUGUUCCUCGCCCCGUCGAAGGACGCCAUGGCGCACGCGAGCAAGCUAGAGGAAGGAGGCGAAUUCAUCACGCAUCUGUGGGCUCUGCUUUACCACGCACGCGUCGAGAAGCGCUCCCCGGAGAAGAACGAGCACGAUGGAGAGCAUGUCUAGCUAGCUAGAGGAUGGAAGUCUAGUUAAUAUAUUGGGCUUUUGCUUGUUUGUGUGCUUUUGCAUGUUUGUGUGCUUUCGUACUACACGUGUAGUUCUAGCUAGUUGGUAUAUUGGGCUUUGUUCUGUUUUGCUUUCUGUUUUUGUAUUUGUUCCCAGGGAUCAUCUUUUGUGGAACAUAAAUAAAACUCAAAAUGUUUCUAUGAUUA